CAGACGGGCAGAGAGAGAGGGAUAGAGACAGCCUGCGCGAAAGAGGAGAGACUCCCCCAGCCCGUCUGCAGCGCCAGCACUCACCAUGAGCUUCCUCCUCUUUGCCAUCUCGGCCCUGCACGUCCUCAUCCUCGUGCUGCUCUUCGUCGCCACUCUGGACAAGUCGUGGUGGGUGCUGCCGGAUGAUGAGACUGUCAAUCUGUGGUACGACUGUCUGUACGACAACAACACCCAGAGCUGGGUGUGCGCCUCUGUUGCCGACAGCCAGUGGCUCCACGCCGUCCAAGCCCUCAUGGUCCUGGCUAUGCUCUUCUCCAGCUUUGCCUUCGUCCUCUUCAUGUACCAGCUCUACACCAUGGAGCGCGGGGGGCUCUUCUAUGCCACCGGCGUCUGCCAGCUCUUGGCCUGUAUCUCGGUGUUCACAGCCGCCUUGAUCUACGCCAUCCACGUGGGCAAAUUUCACCUGGUCCGGCAGCCGGGCGGCUCCUUCGGCUACUGCUUCGUGCUGGCCUGGCUGGCCUUCCCCCUGGCGCUGCUCAGUGGCGUCAUGUACAUCCACCUCCGCAAGAGGGAGUGACCCCCACCCCCGUCACAGGGGGGCUGCUCCUGACCAUGGCCCAUGCCAGUGGAGGGGGAGUCAUCCCCAGGGGCUGAUCCCUUCCCCCUGCCCCAUGGCGGCCUGACCGUCACACGCUGCUGGGGCCCUGGAGCCUGUCCUGGCCACACCCAGCUCUCUUCGCCUUGCCCAUGCCAGGGGCCCCAGGGUCAGGUCCCCCUCUGCAUGGGCACCUGCUCUCCUCCUGCCCAUGGCCAGGGUUCACUCCUGC